CAAACUCUCCAAACACCAGCUGAACCUUCAUCCUGAAUUGUACAACAGUCAACAUGCUGUUACAAAUCUACUCAAAUCCCCAAAUUCAAACUCAAAAACAUCUUCUUAUCCACCAUCAAAACCUCAAACUUCACCUCAAUUCACCCUCAAAACUCCCACCUCGGACAAGAAUUCCCGCCACUUUAUCACUAAACCACCAAAUCACCCACCACAAUGCCGACAUUUCCCGAUUAUGCGAAUUGGGUAACCUUCAAAAAGCCAUAGAUUUGCUUCACAACUCUGAAAAAAUCAUUCUUGAUUCCAAAACUUACUGUCACAUACUCCAACUUUGUGCCGAAUCAAAGGCUCUGCAUCACGGUAAAAAAGUUCAUAAUUUAAUAUCUUUAUUGGGUGUUGAGAUUGAUUCUGUUCUGGGUUCGAAACUCGUGUUUAUGUAUGUAAGUUGUGGGGAUUUGAAUGAAGGAAGACGUGUCUUCGAUAAAAUUAUCAAGAUUAAUGUUUUUCUGUGGAACUUUAUGAUGAAUGCGUAUGCAAAGAUUGGUGAUUAUGAGGAGAGUGUAGGGUUGUUUAAGAUGAUGGUGGAGGCAGGUGUUGAACCGGAUCCGUAUACGUUUUCUUGUGUGUUUAAGUGUGUAGCGGCGAUUGGGGAUGAUGGUUUAGGGGAGAUGGUUCAUGGUUGUGUUUUAAAGUUGGGGUUGUUUGGGGUUGAUAAUACUGUUGUGAAUUCGGUGAUUGCGUUUUACUUUAAAUGUGGACGUGUUGAGGAUGCACGCAAGGUGUUUGAUAAAAUGCCUGACCGAGAUGUGAUCACUUGGAAUACGAUGAUAAGUGGGUAUGUGGGUAACGGAAGUUUUGAUAAAGGGUUUGAGGUUUUUAAACAGAUGAUUGGUGAGAAAUUGAGUGUUGAUUUGAGUACAAUGGUUAUCGUUGUUGCAGCGUGUGCGAAUAUGGGUGUCGUUAAGUGGGGCCGAAUGGUUCAUGCUUACGCGGUGAAAGGUGGUUUCGAUACGAAAAUGAAGUUUAGCAACACGUUGCUUGACAUGUAUUCGAAAUGCGGUGAUAUGGAUUCUGCGCGAAAAGUGUUCAAGGACAUGAAUGAGAGAAGUGUUGUUUCGUGGACGUCGAUGAUCGCUGGAUAUGCGAGAGACGGUAAAUCUGACGAUGCGAUUAGUUUGUUUCUUGAAAUGAAAAAAGAAGGUGUUAAACCGGAUACGUUUACUGUUACGAGUAUCCUGCACGCGUGUGCUUCAAACGGGUCGUUAGAGAAAGGGAAGGAAGUGCAUAAUUACAUUAAACAAAACCAGAUCCAAUCUUUAGCGGUUUCUAACGCACUUAUGGACAUGUAUGCUAAAUGCGGAAGCAUGGAGGAUGCAUAUUCGGUUUUCUCAGAUACGCCGUAUAAAGAUAUCGUCUCAUGGAACACCAUGAUUGGAGGUUACUCAAAGAACCGUCUUCCAAAUGAAGCACUCGACUUGUUUAUAAAAAUGCAACGCGAAGUUACACCCGAUAGCGUAACAAUGACGUGUAUACUUCCCGCCUGCGCCAGCCUGGCAGCUUUAAACAAGGGUCGCGAAAUUCACGCAAACGUUCUGAGAAAAGGGUUGACUUCUGAUCAAUACUUGGUCAACACACUUAUCGACAUGUAUGUUAAAUGCGGCCGCUUGUUUCUAGCGAAAUCGUUGUUUGAUAUAACGGCCGCAAAGAAUGUAGUCACAUGGACGGUCAUGAUCGCUGGAUAUUGCAUGCUUGGAUUCGGGCACGAAGCAGUAUCGACGUUUAAAAACAUGCGUGAACAAGGUAUCAAACUUAACGAAGCCUCGUGUACGUCUAUACUGUACGCAUGUAGUCAUUCGGGUUUGGUCCACGAAGGUUGGAAAUUCUACAACAUAAUGGUAAACGAGUACAAGAUCGAACCUAAGUUGGAACAUUACAGUUGUAUGGUAGAUCUUCUAUGUAGAGGCGGAAAACUAUCAGACGCGUAUAAAUUUAUCAACAAGAUGACUAUUAAACCCGAUGUCACGAUUUGGAGCGCGUUACUUUGUGGUUGUAGAUUUCACCAUAAUGUAAAACUAGCGGAAAUAGUUGCGGAAAGAAUAUUCGAAUUAGAACCCGAAAACAUGGAAUAUUAUGUACUUUUGGCGAAUAUAUACUCCGAAGCGGAAAAAUGGGAAGAAGUAAAGACAUUAAGAGAUGGAAUAAGAAAUAAUAGAGGGUGUAGUUGGAUAGAGAUCAAGGGUAAAGUUAACAUAUUUGUCGCGGGUAAUAAAGAUAAUCCAGAGGUUAAAAGGAUUGAAUCUUUGCUGGAAAAUUUGAGGAUGGAAAUGACGAAAGAUGGGUUUUCGCGUAAGUUAAAAUACUCGUUGGUUGAUAAAGAUGAGACCGAGAAAGAAGCUGCUGGUUGUGGGCAUAGUGAGUUGUUAGCUAUAGGGUUCGGGUUACUGAAGUUGCCACAUGGCCGGACUAUACGGGUGACCAAGAAUGUUAAAGUAUGCGGCGAAUGUCAUGAGACGGCGAAAUUUAUUUCCAAGAAUGUUGGAAGGCAGAUUGUGUUGAGAGAUUGUAAUAGGUUUCAUCAUUUUAAGGAUGGGUUUUGUUCUUGCAGAGGUUAUUAGUGAAGUAGUGAAGCAAGAGGUAAAAAGAUUUUUUUUUUUUUUUUUGUUAUAAAAGUUGAGGGUGGUGUUCUACAAUGUUCACUGUUACAAAAAUGCACCAUAAUUAAUUGCUAUAAUGAAAAUCGUUGCUAUAUGU